CGAAACACUGAAGUAACCAAAGAGUCUCGAGCUGAUCUCUUCCCCCACGGCUUCAAGUUUCAGAGGCUCUUUCUGUUGGGGCUUCUGCGUUCUUCUCUAGGGUUCCGACCCUUCAAGAUUUCGGAACUACCUGGUGGACCCAUCGGAAAUACCCUAACGAUAAACUGAGACUGCACAUAGUAAUCAAUCUCCCUGGAAGCCCUAGUUUUAGACGAACAAGGAUAUGGAUAAUCAAAGCCUCUGGACCUAAAAUUUCCCCGGCAAUAAUGCCUGGAUAUUUCCAACUGCAUACAGGAACAGCUUGAAUUUCCUUGGCCUUUAAACAAUAGUUGUGAAGUUUGAAGUUUGAACUUCCAAGUUUGAGAUGGAGAGGUCUAGAUCUAAGAGGAACUACUACUAUGACCAAGAGUACGACUCAGAGACCUUGGCUAGGACCAGACCUCGGUAUAAUCACCACUACGCAAGUAGUGCCCACCGCCAUCGCGGUGGCGGCAGUGGUGCUCGCCCUAAGGCGCAAGACUCGUCCUUAAUGGUGACCACAAGUUACCGCAUUUUGUGCCACGAUAUCAAGGCGGGUGGAGUAAUUGGCAAGUCAGGCAGCAUUAUAAAGUCUAUUAGACAACACACCGGCGCGUGGAUCAACGUGCACGAGCUGAUCCCUGGCGACGAGGAGCGAAUCAUUGAGAUUUCUGACACGCGCCGUCGAGACCCAGAAGGCCGAAUGCCAUCGUUCUCGCCGGCGCAGGAGGCCUUGUUGUUGAUUCAUGAGAGAAUUCUUGAGAGCGAUGCUGCGUUUGGGAUUGGCGAAGAGGAGGAGGAUUAUGGAGGCAGAGGAAGCGGUAGCAGUAGCCGAGUCGCCACUAGACUGGUGGUGUCCAGAAUGCAUGUGGGUUGUUUGUUGGGCAAAGGAGGGAAGAUUAUUGAACAAAUGAGAAUCGAGACCAAGACACAGAUUAGGAUACUCCCUAGAGAUCACAAUCUACCUCGUUGUGUUUCCAUGUCCGAGGAAAUUGUUCAGGUUGUAGGUGAUGCAAAUGCUGUAAAGAAUGCUAUAGUUCUUAUAUCAUCACGCUUAAGGGAAAGCCAACACCGUGACCGCAGUCAUUUUCACGGACGAGCACAUUCACCAGAGCGAUUUUUCCCUCCAGAUGAUGAUUAUAUACCUCAUGGGGCAGCUCGUAGAUCCUCUAUAGACGGAGCAACUUUUGGAUCACGAAUAUCUACAGCCAAUAUAAGAAGUAAUAGCUAUCCUUCAUUAGGUUAUACAAUGGAACCUGGGGCUCCUCCUGUAGCUGAUGAUGCACAGCCCCUUUAUGGUGAAGACCUCAUUUUCCGGAUACUUUGUCCACUGGACAAAGUGGACCGUAUUAUAGGGGAAUCAGAAGAAUUUGUAGAGUUCCUUCAAACUGAAGUUGGUGUUGAUGUUAAGGUAGAUGAUCAUGUGGUUGGUUCAGAUGAGCAGAUAAUCACCAUUUCUUCAGAUGAGAGUCCUGAUGAUGAGCUGUUCCCAGCUCAGGAAGCUUUGUUGCAUAUUCAAACACGCAUUGUUGAUCUUGAGCUAGAUGGUGACAGCAUCAUAACCACCAGGCUUCUUGUUCCAUCUAGUGACAUUGAAUGUUUAGAUGGAAGAGAUGUAUCACUGUCAGAGAUGAGUAGACUCACUGGUACAAAUAUUCAAAUUCUCCCUAGAGAGCAGUUACCUCCCUGUGUUGCAAAACAUGAUGAGCUGGUACAGAUUGUAGGUGAGAUCAAAGCAGCUCGAGAAGCUAUUCUUGAGGUGACAUCAAGACUAAAAAAUUAUUUGUACAGGGAUUUCUUUCAGAGGGACACAGCACCAUCAUCUGCCUCAGCACCUAAUACCGAGAUAUCUUCUUCCAGCAACAUAGCUCCAGUUCAUGAGGGUUACACUGGCACUGAAACAUCUUUAACCUAUCAGAAUGUUCAACCUGUGGCAGCUUCACUUCCCUUAAAAGAAACUGGAGGAUCUAGCACUGAGACAGGAAAGCAGAAAGAAGGUGAUCGCCGUGAUGAUGUGAUGAGCAGUUUGAAUAGGAUUCCUGUACCGCUUGUCACUAGAAGUACACUUGAAGUGGUCAUACCCGAGUACGCAGUUCCAAAGCUUACAGCAAAGUCCAAAAACAAGCUUGCUCAGAUAAGUGAGUUGUCAGGAGCCACUGUAACACUUGUAGAGGAUAGGCCGGAGGAGACACAGAAGAUUAUUCGGAUAUCUGGUACUCCAGAGCAGGCAGAGAGAGCUCAGAGCUUACUCCAAGGAUUUAUUCUGAGCACACAAGAAGAUGCCCCCUAAUUGAUGGACAUAGCUGAAGCUGAUUAGAUGAAAAGGAUAGAAUAGUGCUAUUGAUUUAGUGUCUAGGGCAUUUUGUUCCAUGCGCUCGAUUGGGUUUCAGUAACCGUGCAAGAUUGCUGUCAUUCUCCUGGAGAAGGGCCUCACUGUAAAAUGUAGCUCCAGAAGAGCUUCUUUACAUUGCUGUAGUGUUGAUAUUUUCGGCAUGAAUAUGCAAGUGCAGAAGAGCAUUUAUUGGUUA